AUGGCUACUGUAUCGACAGGAGUGGCCGGACAGCCCAGCUACACUCCAAACGAGCCAGCGACCAGCCAGUAUUUGGAAGUGUCCAGAGUUCAACCCAAGCAGCGAGUCGUGGAGAACUUUCGCCCAAUGAGUGUAAUCGUCGUCGGCGCUGGCUUCUCCGGGAUUUACUGCGGCAUUCGGAUACCAGAGCGACUGCGCAAUGUUCAAUUGACGAUCUAUGAAAAGAACGCUGGAGUUGGAGGAACUUGGUAUGAAAACCGAUACCCGGGUUGCGCCUGCGAUAUUCCUGCACAUUCAUACCAGUACACGUUUGCACCCAACCCGGACUGGAGCCAAUUCUACGCCCCAGCAGCAGAGAUUCGCGAAUACCUCGAGUCAGUAGUAAGACGAUAUUCCGUGGACAGAUUCAUCAAGCCUCUACAUAAGGUAAUUGACGCAAGGUGGAUCGAGGAUACUUCCCAGUGGCAUGUCACAAUCGAGAACCUGCGCACGGGAGAGAUCAUCAUGGACCAGGCAGAUGUCGUCAUUAGUGCGCGGGGAACUCUGAACGAAAUGUCCUGGCCAGACAUCCCAGGAGUAUGCGAUAUGAAAAUCCCGGUCAUGCAUUCCGCAGCAUGGAAUGAUAGCGUUGACUUCAAGAACAAAAAGAUUGGAGUUAUUGGUGGUGGAAGCAGCGCAAUUCAGAUCAUCCCCGCCCUACGGCGAGUGCCUGGUGCCCACCUUAGUUGUUUCAUCAGGAGCAAGACAUGGAUCUCUAGGCCAUUUGGGGAUUCGGUGAUGAAAACACUCGGAAUAGAGAUCUCACCAGAACAGAGGAAGCUAUUCGCAACGGAUCCCAAACACUACUUGGACUUCCGGACUACCAUUGAGAGAGACGGUAACUCGAUGCAUCACCUUACAUUAAAGGACUCACAAUCGCAAAGGCUGGCACGAGACGACUUCACGUCACUCAUGCGAGAAAAGUUGGCCAACAAACCACAUAUUUUUGAGUCAUUACUGCCAAACUUCAGUGUCGGCUGCCGAAGGCUGACACCCGGGCCGGGAUAUCUCGAGGCACUCGCGGAAGAUAAUGUCGAUUUUAUUAACACCCCGAUUUCUAAAGCUACAGAUACGGGUCUCGUGCUGCAGAAUGGAGAAGAAAAGGAGUUGGACAUUUUGGUUUGCGCGACUGGGUUCCAAACCUCUGCUCCUCCACCUUUCCUCGUGACAGGCAAGAACGGGCAAACUAUGCAACAGAAAUUUGACCCAUAUCCAGAAACAUACCUGUCCCUUGCAACGGAUGGAUUCCCCAACUAUUUCAUGAUGCUAGGUCCAAAUGCUGCCAUUGGCACUGGUCCUCUCACAACCAUGAUCGAAAGAACUGGGGACUACAUCAUCAAAUGCAUACGGAAACUCCAAAAGGAAAACAUCUCCAGCAUGGAUCCAAAGCCCGUCCGGGUCAAAGACUUCUCGCAGGUCAUUGAGAAGUACUUCAAGGACACCGUGUAUCUGGACAACUGCAGCAGCUGGUACAAAAGCAAGGGUGGCAAGGGUGAUCGGAUCACGGGAGUCUGGCCGGGCAGCGCGUUACACGCCAUGGAAUCUCUUCGGUCACCGCGUUGGGAAGAUUUCGACUAUGUCUACGAUGGCGACAAAGGGGGGAUUGAGAGCAAUCGUCUAGCAUGGCUUGGGAAUGGUUGGUCGAUUGCACAGAUUGAUGCUGGUAAAGGAGAGCUGGCGCAUUUCCUGCAACCAGGGCUGAUCGACAUACCAGCGGAGCCUUUUCCGGAAGAUACUCUGAAAUUCAGGCAGCUUCCAUUCUCUCACUAA